GUUAAAUAGAGUUCACAUAUUCUUUUGUUUGUAAGGUACGUCGUGUGGUGUUACAAUAGUUCAUGUGGUGUAUAUCAAAACAAGAAGAAUGAAGUAGAAUGAUACACAAUGGAUCCAGCAUUAGCCCUGGAGGCGGCGGAGAUGGCGCGUCACCGCAUGGUCAACGAGACGAUCGCACGCGGAGACUCGCGCAUACAGCAGUUCUACUCCGGCGCAGUCAUCUUUAUCACCGGCGGCUCCGGUUUCUUGGGGAAGCAGCUCAUUGAGAAACUAUUCAGAUCGUGUAACAUAGAGAGAGUCUACAUGUUGCUGCGACCGAAGAAGAAAAAGACCAUUGAGGAGCGAAUGAAGCAGAUAAUUGAAGACCCGGUAUACGAACAGUUACGUAAGAUGCAGUCAAAUUAUUCAGAGAAGAUUAUUCCAGUGCUGGGUGAUAUCACAGAAGUGGGUCUGGGUAUCAGCAAGGAAGAUUGGAAAACCAUUACUGAAGAGGUGACGGUGAUAUUCCACGGGGCUGCAACUAUCAACUUCGUGGAGCCCAUCAAAGUGGCUACUCUGACCAAUGUACGUGGUACGCGAGAAAUGUUGCUAUUGGGAAAGGCCUGUAAGAAACUUAAGUCCUACGUCCACAUUUCGACGGCGUACGCGCAUGCUACGUAUCAACGAAUCAAGCAGCCGGUUUUGGAGCAGUUCUACGAAGCCCCGAUAGCACCUGAUACAUUGAUCAGCUUAGCUGAAAGCUUUGAAUCAGAGAAACUAGAUGCUAUGACUCCAAAUCUGAUCAAGAAUUGGCCGAACACUUACGCGUUCACGAAGGCUGUUGCUGAGGAGUUGGUGAGGACCAUGUCAGGAGAUUUGCCGAUCUGCAUCGUGCGACCUGCUAUUGUAAUAAGCGCGUGCAGAGAACCCUCUCCAGGAUGGAUUGAUAAGAGCUGCGCGUUCGGACCUACUGGGUUUAUUUUAGGCGCAGGUAUAGGUAUAAUGCACACGUGCUAUUGCGAUGAGGAUAUCCAUUUAGACCUGAUACCUGUGGACUUAGUGAACAACGCAACGAUCGCAGCUGCGCAUCAGACCGUUGUGAGGAGAGAAAGGGGGGACUCUGAUAUCAAGAUAUACACAGUCACGGGCACCAGAAACCCUAUGAUAUUCGGCCACAUGCGCAGGAUUAUGGACUAUGACGCUCGUUAUCUAGGAACUGAUAAAUCUGUAUGGUAUAAUUUUAGUUUCAACACCAACAACGAAUUUAUAUUUUACACAUUAACCUGGCUAUUCCACUAUAUACCGGGGUACUUAGUCGAUUUUGUCCUUCGGAUUAUGGGGAAACGGCCUAUGCUAAUCAGGUUAUUUGAGAAAGUGUACAAGCUGAACAGUGUCCUCGGGUAUUUUAUGACAAACGACUGGAAAUUUGGAGAUUCGAACCUUGUAGACAUGUAUUGGAGUCUAUCUCCUGCGGAUAGAAUAAUAUACGAUUGUAAUUUGGCUACGAUUGAUUGGAAAAAAUAUAUUCUUCUUUGGACCUUAGGCGCUCGAAAAUAUAUCGUAAAAGACGGCAUCAACAAGACUGCGUAUGCUAUGAAGAAACAGUUUUGGCUUAAAAUACUUAACUUUAUAGUGCUGCCUUUAUAUUUUUAUUCCUUAUUUAAAAUUAUAUUCUUUGCAGUUUCUAUUGUAUUCUAUUCAUUAUAUUCUGUAUACAGCUGGUUUAUAUAG